GAACGAAGCGGGGAUCCAGUGUGUCUUGAAAGCGAGCUGUGGGUGCUUGGAGUCUCCCUAACUUUUUUUUCUUUUCUUUCCGCCAUCUCUUUUCUUUUUCUGGAUGUUUAUGAAUAUCGGCCAUGGACUACUUUUCCAAGUUUAAGAAACGUAUUGUUCCUCCCAAGGUUCAACCGACGAGUGCCAUGCAGCUCGCCAAGUUCCAUAAGUGCUGGGAUUAUGUUCAUAAUAUAUUUGUGGGCGAUGAUCGCAAGACGAAUAUGCACGUGGAACAAACCGAGAUUCCUGACAAACUUCGACAGAUGGUGGAUAUGCUGGUGGAUGAGGAAGCUCGGCAAGAGGAUAACACCACGGGUGUGUGUAUGGAAUACUUUUUGAAAAAUGGCGUGUUGCAGUAUCUUGUCAAUGUGUCUGAAAAAGCCGACUAUCCCGUCGGCAUUCGAGGCGAGUCCAUUCGAACCAUUGCCAGUAUGGUGGAUUUAUUGGAUGAUCGAUUUCUCGUGCAUAAUGCGGUUCACAAACCGACCGUGAAAUUAUUGCGAUUUUGUGUCCUGGACGAACGACAGAGCGAACUGUACCAUGAGGAUCUCGUCGAUCUCAUGUAUAUCAUUUGCUCAAAGAUUCACGGAUUCCCCGCCUUGCUCAAUGUCUUUUUUCACGAUAAACAGUGGUUGACCACGCCUCAAAAACCGCAUCGUAUAUCCCAAUUACAUCCACAACAACAGCAGCCACCACCGCCCCAAACACAGCAACCACCCUCUACAGAAACCUCGCCUGAAUACGAGUUUUUGCUCUUCACUUACCUUUUACGAUUUGUGCAUCGUGAGGGACGUUCGGGCGACUUUGCAAGAACCGGAUUGCUAUUUUUGAUGGAGAUGGCCACCAAUCAACUGGGCGAUUUCAUCUUGGAAUCCGAUUUUGCCACCAUCAUGGCCGCCGGCCUCGGCGCCUUGUACUCGCAGCUGCCUCGAAAAUUAGUGAUCAAAGACGAAGGCGAACUCAGUGCAAGUUCGGCCGCCUAUUUGUUGGGCCAAGAUCUAGAUCAGCGCACCAUGCCAUCAGGGAUGGGCGUCGAAGUAUCCAGUUCGCCGGAAUUUCGAUAUCAACUCGAUUCAUUUCUAAAACUGUUGGAGUUUUGCCAGGAUGUCCUCAUUCGGUGUCCAAAUGUGAAUAUUUCGGUGGCGUUGCUGCAGAACAUUCGCACGAUUUUCCUUUCCAAUAUUUUGUACCCUUCCAUUCUCGAAUGCUCGGAUAUUGACGGAUCGUCUGUCGCGGUCAUUAGUUACAUUGAUCUCAUUUUACAAACUUUGCAGCAGGAUGAAUUGUCGGACGUCGUGGUGGGCUUUUUAAUGGAUGAAGAUAGUCCUGCUGCUAGUGCAUCGACAGCUCCCGAAGACGCGACAAUGGAAGCGAAUAUAUUUGCCGGCGUGGAAUUAGAUCGAUUCAAAAGCUCACCUUAUUUUACCGCCGCCGAACGAUUUACACUGCGCGACUUGAUUUUUAGCCGGCUGAAAUCCAGCUCUCAGCCCACCGUCAUUGCCACCCUCAAACUUUUAAAAACAUUGAUUAGCAAACACUAUCGGUACUCGUUAAAGUUGCUUUCGGUCGAGUUCCAGGAAGAACCAUUGGUUCCCUUGGUCAAGAAGUCAGGCACGAUUAUUUCCCACCAUAUUCGCGAAAUCGAGCUCUACUUUUCUCUAAUAUCGGCCAUCGACCAGGUGCAUGCGGAUGACAUCCUAGCCACGGGCUAUGAAGCGUACCUACGGGAUAUGGAAGCCUUGAUUGACAGCGAGUGGGGUUAUCCACCGACCCUUCACACCGAAGGAUUGCGUUCAGGGACCCGACGACAGCAUGCGCCGAAAAGCGAACGACGCCGAAGCUUCAAGUACGGUCGACGAUUGGAUGAACACAAGGGCAGGAUCCCUUCGCACAUACAGAGCAAACCGCGCACGGAGCAAACGUAUAAACACUAUAUCAAACCGACCGAUCCUCUACUUCAGAUCUUGCUCGGUCUAUUGAGCCAUUUCUUCGCGCAAUCAUCCGAGCUCAACCUUGCUUUGACGUCGGUGAUCUCUUCGCUGGCGCUGUGCCCUUAUCGCAGCUUGGAAGGCUGGAUCACGUUUCGCGAAAGCGAUCGAACGAAUCCCGACGAUAUACUGGUUCUGGACAGCGAGUCGGGUAAUCCAAUACAACAAUUACAGAUUGGUCGCGAAAACGAGAUCCGCAGCCAGGAUAUUUAUGCCCAUUUUGAUACCAGCCAAGUAGAUGAAGACGACGACGACGACGACCGGUCCAUUGACUAUGGCGUGGAAAGGAACUCGGCCCAUAUGACGGUGCCCACCCAGUUCAAAUCGUUUCCCCCUUUCUUUACACUGUUUCGCACAUUAACGCAGCAAAUCGAUUAUUAUCGUUCCGAAGUCGAAGGGUUUGAUGCGUUAUUGGAAGAACGAUGGCAAGGCUUGAUCUUUGGUGAACUUGAAACACCUCCCUCUUCUUUGACCACCCCUUCUCUUUCGACAUCCACACGACGAGGAUCACUUCAUCCGGUGAAAAAUGACCCCGUCAUGAAUGCAGCCGUGCAAUCAUCGAGUAUGAGUCUAUUUGGUGGUGGACAAAGCCGGCGACCGUCUAUCCUUCGACCGUCUUCUUCUCCCUCAGUUCCUCCGUAUCCGACCGUACCCAAACCGAACGGAUUACCACCGAACCCGUCCAAAUCCUUGUCAUCGACCACGACGGCUGCCGCCAUGGCUGCUGCCGGAUCGGUGAUGACUCCAGCAACGACACCGUUACCGAAUACCAAUCAUAUUGUGAAUAAUCCUCUCUCUCCCUUUGCCGUGCAUGCACGCCGAACGCAGGACAUCCGUAUCCAGCCAUUAUUCCCUUCGAGUUUUGUCACUGAUCCUGAAGAACCGAUUCUGGAUUUGGAUGCGGAAGACGAAGAUACCUUUGCACCGAAAGCUGCCAAUCCUUCUCAAGCACGACGAAUGGAUAAGAGCACCGAGAUUACCUUGUCCAUGUUGCUCAACAACGUGGUCAUCCUCGAAGAAUGUAUCAAAGAACUCGUGGCUAUUAUGCAGGUCCGCCGAAGUUUGGGAAUCGAUGAAAUUCGCUAUACGUAAAAAGUACCGCGAUUUAGUUCUUCUCGUGCCAUCUCAAUAAACUCUUUAAAGGGAAUAUGACAAGUUCCUUGUACAUCAUUCUCCACA